GUUAGGAGCUGCGGGCGUCCGUUUGUGUGGGUGGUGAGGGAUCGCGAACGGUGGAGGGAUGGAAGGGAUUGGGGAGAAGGGGUUGGUGUUGAGGGGUUGGGUGCCGCAAGUGGCAAUACUACGCCAUCCUGCGAUUGGGGGAUUUUUGACGCAUUGCGGAUGGAAUUCAUGCCUAGAGGGUAUAACCGCAGGAUUGCCAAUGAUCACAUGGCCGCAGUUUUCCGAGCAAUUCGUGAACGAAAGGUUUUUAGUGGACGUGCUAAAGAUCGGGGUAUCAGUAGGCGCAAAGGUCUGCAGCGGUUCCGAGGAGAAAAGGACGCUGGUGAAGGCCGAGGAGGUGACAAAAGCAGUGAACGAGGUGAUGGGAGAUGGAGAGGAGGCCGAGGAGAGGAGGAAGAGGGCAAAGGGGCUUGCUGCGAUGGCGAGGGAGGCGAUGGAGGAGGGAGGUUCUUCAUAUGCAGAGAUGAGCAGGCUGAUACUAGAGCUGAGGGAUUUGAAGAAGGUGAGGGAAUUGGGACUUGAAAGCAAGGAUGAAGGAGAUGUUUAGUUUGAACUAGUCAAUAGUUGAAGUUUAAGCUCAUAAUAAAUGUCCAUCAACAUUUUUUAUAUGUAUGGAGUAUUAUCAGUCUCGGAAUUUCAGGUUGUGAUGUUUAAAAGAGAUGUGUCAACGGAGGAUGUAAGUGUUUUGAAACAGUGUUCAUUGGGAAAAACAAUAUCAUUGACGUUGAUCAUGGGAAGGACGC